ACCUGAUAUUUUUCUUGACAAUGACAAUAAAAUAGUUCUCAAUUUUUCAAUUAUAAAACAGCCUCCAGAAGGAACCCAAGGCCGUUUCAUAAUAAAACGAGCAUCCAUGGGUGAGUAUGUUGUGGACACUGGAAUCGAUGUAACAAUGGAAUUAUGUGAUGGCAUCGAAGAACCUAUAAUGAUCGGUCCGAUUCUUGAAGCAUUAGGAUUUACUGUAGACAACUGUCCUCCUGGUGUUGGUAUUUAUCAAUGUGACGGUUAUAAAGUACAAAAAGACACAAUGCCAGAUGAAGUUCCACCCAAUAAUUAUAAAGUUACUCUAGAAAUCUUCUAUCAUAAUGAAAUAAUAAUCAUUCUUGAGGGAUUCGCUAAAGUUACGUGAAAUUUGAAUUUACAAUUGAA